AAUGGUCAUAGUUAUUCAUUACUUGGGCUGUUCACUUCAUUGGGAGUAUUCAAGGAGAAAUACCCUCUCACGGCAAAUUUACCCUACGAAAAGAUUAAAAAAGUCAAAUUUACGGAAUUCGCAUCUUUGCCCUGGUCUUCCACGGUUUAUUUCGAAAUUUAUACUUGUCAAAAGAAUGAGGUGUUGAUACGAUUGGUAUUUAACUUUGAACCGAUGUUGAUCCCGGGUUGUGGAGGCGAAUAUUGCAAAUGGGACAGGUUUAAAGAGAUUAUCGGUGAUCAAAUUGGGUGCGAUCUUUCAAAGGAGUGCACUUUACCUUAA